CCCGGCCUGACGUCACAAGGCACCCAGCCGCCGGCACCCCGCGGUGCGCACCCCGCGCCCCGACCGCUCGCUGCUGCUCUCCGGGCGCUCACCGCCAGGCGCGCGCGUGCCCGCUCUUCCUCCUCCCCCUCCCCGUCCCGGUCCCCAUCCCCGUCCCUGCCAGCAAAGCACCGCUGAAGAUGGCGAGCCCGGCGCCCGAUCAGCACGCCGCACAAGGAUGCCCGGCCCCGGCUACGGAGGGGCAGGCUCCGAGGCCCGGGGUUCCCGGGGAGGAGGCGGCGGUGCGGAACGCAGGGCCGGCGGGCGCGGGGCCGCAGGUGGAGGAGGCCGCGGGCAGGGUGGCCGCCGCCCUGACCUGGCUGCUCGGGGAGCCGGUGCUGUGGCUGGGCUGCCGCGCCGAUGAGCUCCUGAGCUGGAAGAGGCCGCUGCGCAGCCUGCUCGCCUUCCUGGGUGCCAACCUGCUGUUCUGGUUCCUGGCAUUGACCCCAUGGAGAGUUUAUCAUCUCAUUUCUGUCAUGAUACUUGGUCGUGUUAUCAUGCAGAUCAUCAAGGACAUGGUGCUAUCCAGGACAAGAGGUGCACAGUUGUGGAGAAGCCUCAGUGAAAGCUGGGAAGUCAUCAAUUCCAAGCCAGAUGAAAGACCCAGACUGAGCCACUGCAUUGCAGAGUCGUGGAUGAAUUUCAGCAUAUUUCUUCAAGAAAUGUCUCUUUUUAAACAGCAGAGCCCCGGCAAGUUUUGUCUCCUGGUCUGCAGUGUGUGCACAUUUUUUACAAUCUUGGGAAGUUACAUUCCUGGGGUCAUACUCAGCUACCUACUGUUACUGUUCGCUUUUUUGUGUCCAUUGAUUAAAUGUAAUGAUAUUGGACAAAAAAUAUACAGCAAAAUCAAGUCCAUUCUAUUGAAGCUAGAUUUUGGAAUCGGAGAAUAUAUUAACCAGAAGAAACGUGAGAGAUCUGAAGCAGAUAAAGAAAAAAGUCACAAGGAUGACAGUGAAUUAGACUUUUCAGCUCUUUGUCCUAAGAUUAGCCUCACAGUUGCAGCCAAAGAGCUAUCUGUGUCAGACACAGAUGUGUCAGAAGUAUCUUGGACUGAUAAUGGGACCUUCAACCUUUCAGAAGGGUACACUCCACAGACAGACACUUCUGAUGAUCUUGACCGGCCCUGUGAGGAAAUCUUCUCUCGAGAUCUCUCAGAUUUUCCAUCUCUGGAAAAUGGGACGGGAACAAAUGAUGAAGACGACUUAAGCCUUGGCAUACCUGCUGAGCUCACGAGAAAAAAACAACAGUUGGACAACGGUCACAGACCAAGCAAAGACAGGCAGUCAUCAGCUGGGCUCUCCCUUCCUCUGAACAGUGACCAAGCCCUUCACUUGAUGAGCAACCUGGCAGGGGAUGUGAUCACAGCGGCCAUGACUGCUGCUAUCAAAGACCAGCUAGAAGGGGCCCAGCAGGCACUGGCUCAGGCUGCACCCACUCUAGGAGAAGACACAGACACGGAAGAAGGGGAUGAUUUCGAACUACUUGACCAGGCAGAGCUGGAUCAAAUUGAGAGUGAACUGGGACUAACACAAGACCAAGAGGCAGAAGCCCAGCAAAGUAAGAAGUCUCCGGGCUUCCUUUCCAACCUCCUUGGAGGCCAUUAACUGGGAAUCAGCUUGCAGCAAAGCACAGAUAACCAUCCAAAAAUUUCAAACAAGCAGGGGGAAAAAUGAAAAAAAAAAAAAAUUGAAUUGUAAGCUUUAAUUACUUUAGAUUUUUUUUUGUUCUCUUUUCCCUUCUAUAGUGAGUUGGAUAUGUAUCGACUGAUAAUGAUAGACUGACAUUUCUGAUAGCUAUUUUUAUGUAAUAAGCAUGGAAAUGAACUUUAUAGCUACAUAUAGACAUACUGUGGUGUCAUAAGUGAUUAGGGGUUGUUUUUAAAGUGAAGAGAAAAUAGAACACCAAAAAAAAAAACCCCAUCAAACUAUUAAGAUCUUUCUAUGAGUAUUCUUUUUCUUUAUAAUUUUUAAGCAUGCAGAGACUUAUCCUAACUUGUUGAAAAGUAACAAUUGUGAACACAUGCUCUAUCAGCUCCCUUAUACUUGGAAGCAGUUUAUCAAACUUUAGUAGAUUUUAAUGUAAAUUGGAAAAAUUAUCAAAAUGUUUGUAGUUGAAGGGCUAUGGAAAUGCUAUAAAAAUUAAUUUUCUAGGAAAAACUUCAAAAGUAAGUACUACCUAUAGGCAGAAAUAUUUCCGUGUUGUUUCUACAGUUGUAGACAUAGGCUUACUUGUCAAGUGGCAUGCUCCACUGAUUGCCACAUCUACUCUUGGAAAGAGGUGGUACUGACUCCCAGAAAGCAAGUGGUUAUGUAUCCCAUAAUAAUGCUCUUGUCAUGUUUGCAAUGAGGAGGUUGUACGUGCAGUUGUAUUUUGCACGCUCAGAUGUAAGUAAAACCUGAUGUUUUUGUAUUAUGUUAUAGUCUCCUAAGAUUGUGAAAAACUAGCUACUGGUAUAUCCUAAGAGUGAUGUGGCCUUUGGUGAUAUAAAACAACUUUUUUUUUUCUGGUUUACAGACACAGAGGAGAGGAACUUUCUUGAACUUUAAAGUUCAUUUCUUUGCCACUUCAGCCUAAAUAUGUAAACUGUUUCUUACUGGGAAGCUAGAAUAUUUUUUUCCUUUAAACUUUUUUUGAUCACCUUUACAUAAUCACAUUUGACUUAGAGUGGAAACCAAGAUAGUUGUUUUGUGAAACAAUUUUAGCAGUACGGAGGGACCAUGUCCACAACUAUCUUAACCUUCAGUUUUAGCUGGCAUUUCUGCACAGACAUGCGAGACCCUUAAGACUGUAGACAUCUGUGUUCUCUUUCACUUUCAUCCCUUUUAUUUCUAAAGAGGAAUUACAGCUAACUUGAAAUUUUAAUGUACUAUCUCUUAUUUAUGUUUUUUUGGAGGUAUUAAAAUAUCUAGACUGAAUUUUGCCAAAUGAAAAGGGAGAGAAGUUACUGAAGACUCUGAAUACUUGCUCUUUUUGAUUGACCUAUGCUUAUGUCAUUAGUGCCUCACAAUCGUGUUUGAUGUCCUUUAUUGAUUUAAAGUGAGCCUGUGCCUUCAUUCUUUUGCCCAGUUUGGUAGCAAUGUAAAUCUGUGUUAGAAAACCUUGGAACUGUGUGAGUCUGGGAAGAAUCUAUCUGAAUUCUAUUCAAUGCAUUUGCUGGAUGUGAAGAAAAAUACAGCCACAUAUUUAUAAAAUAGUUGUUACCAGUA